CGUCAAUUCCUCUCUUUGUAUCGCCUGCAGCACGUUGUUUCUCCUCGUCCUCCUCUCCUUAUCUCUAUCCGGUUCGGGGCGUUGACUCCUGAUGUCGAAGUUCUGAAGCGCCGAUGGAGUAGGAACUUGGUUGGUAUUGUUUUGAAUUUUGGGAAGUUGGGAUCUUGAGUUGGUAGAUCGCGUGAUUCGUCGAUUCGAAGGAGGGAUUUGUCAGAAAGAUCGGAUUUUUAAGGGGGUUUUUUUUGGCUUCCGAUUUUCCAUGGCGACGCCGUCUUCUUACUGGUGCUACCGCUGUAGUCGACUCGUCGUGUUGCGGCCGCAGGACGCCAUCGUAUGCCCCGACUGCGACGGAGGAUUCCUCCAGCGGAUCGACUCGCCGCCUCACCGAUUUCACUCUCCCUCGGCGAUCCGCCGUCGCCGCAGCCGCCACGCCGCGUCGUCAUCACCUGCCUCUCACACCGUCGUCAGCGUCGGAUCCGUCGCCGACGGUCCCUCCCUUCAGCCUUCCGGCCUCCGACGCCGCAGCCGACCCUUCGCUAGCGGCCGCUCUCCCUUUAACCCCGUCGUCGCCCUCCUUAGCCCGUCUAGCGGCGGCACCAGCUUCGGGCUCUACUACAACGAGGGCAACGGCUCCGGCCUCCGCCCUUUGCCGGAAGCCAUCUUGGACCACCUGAUGCACUCCGGCUUCGAACGCCUGCUCGACCACCUCGCGCAGGUUGAGCUCACCGAACUCGGCCGCGAGAGGGGUUGCGACAACCCCCCGGCAUCGAAGUCCGCCGUCGAGUCGAUGCCCGCCGUGGAGAUCGUCACCGAUCACAUCUCCAAGGAUUGCCAUUGCGCCAUCUGCACGGAUCCCUUCGAGCUCGGGACGCAGGCCCGGGAGAUGCCCUGCAAACACAUCUACCAUCAAGAUUGCAUCUUGCCGUGGCUAUCACUCCACAACUCAUGCCCUGUCUGCCGCCAUCAGAUGCCAGCGGCGAAGGACGAUGAGCCGGUGGCCCCUGCCAGGAGCGACGAGGAGGAGACGGUGAGGCUCACGAUAUGGAGGCUACCAAGUGGAGGGUUCGCCGUGGGAAGGUUCUCAGGAGGGAGGAGAGGUGUAGCAGAGCAGCUUCCUGCAGCCUACACAGAGAUGGACGUCCCAUCACUCAACCACAGGAGACGAUCAGCGCCUGCAGCAACUCCGGAGAGGUUGACGGCGAGAGGAGGAAUUCGCCGUGCAGUUUGCAGUUUCUUCUCGUUCUUUAGGCAUUCACGUUCAGCUUCUUCUUCUCCACCUCCGAGCAAUUCGGAAGCAAUUCCAAAUGGCGCCAAUGCCAUUGCUUAAAACUAGUAUAUACAAAAGUUGAAUUUAAUUCUUCUUUUCUGAUAUGUUCCAUUGUUUUGAUAGAUUCUACAAAAUCUGAUUGGAAACCUCCAUGUCUCUGUUAUUUUCUCCAAGAUUAAGCAAUGAAACAUGGACAAAUUAACUAUC